AUGCUUUCCGCCGCACAAAAGUUGAACGCCCUUGAAUUUGGCGAAGAACGGUUUCCCGACCCCAUCCAUGUCUUCGUGCAGUUUCUGCACAUGGUUUCUCCUGGACAGGUGGUGGUGACCUGCAAACACCUCCGGGUCUCUUCUCGGCAGUGCGUGGUAAGGGUAGAAGUAGCGAGAACUACAGCGUCCGGGAAACCAAGUACUCCUGCUACCGUGGGGAUCGUUACAUGCGCCAACAUCUCGAAAGAGGAAGGCCUUACGCAACACAGUAAGCCGGCUUUCGCUGUCCCACUUCCGAACCGACGCAUCGAGUGUGUCAAGAUUGACGACCCCGUGGUCGACUCAACCCCAGUGACGAGUAAACUGAAUUGGGUUUCACCGAAAGCAGCCAAUGGCCUUUGGGGCCACCGUGUCGGGGGUCAUCACCGCGAGGUGUGGGUGUCAUUCCGCGAUGGCUCUAACAUCUCCGACCUUCUUCAUCUGGCUUUGUUGUCAGACAUGGUAAGCGGUUACGCGUCCUCCGUAUAG